GCAACUCGUAAACCCGUCCCUACCCACCAAACCACAUACAACCAUCACAAUGGCAUUCGCGUGGAAAGCCGCCGGUCUCACCUACAACCGCUACAUCGCCGUCGCAUCGCGCGUCGUGCGCCGCUCGCUGAAGGAAGAGGGCCGUCUCGCUGCCGAGCGAAGGGGCCAGAGCGAGCUCCGUUUCGCCAAGUGGUCGAAUGGCAAGCAGGGCGAGAGCAAGGACUUGAACGCUGCGGCGCUCCAGGCACAGGCCGAGGCCAAGAACGCUUCAUCUUAAAUCGUCACGGAAACCGAGAUGGAGUGAAGGAUAUCCGCUGGGACGUUCCGCAGGGUGGUUGGAGGUGGUGAAUGUAUAUCUUGUACUAUCAAAUGCCGCAAGCGUGGACAUCAGGUCGAAAAGCCAAUACAUGACAAGAAUUGAGCUUAUCUGCACUC